AUGGGCUUUACGUUCGAUAUCAGCACAACCCGCAAUGCAUCUGGCCUUCACAAAAUAUGCGCACAUCUCAACAUUGAACAUGUUUUGCAACUAGCAAAAGCUGCAGAGUUUGCAAAGAGAAAGGCUGUCCAUGCAGACAUACAUCUGUUACCACAGAUUAAGCUUGCUAAGAAACAAAGAUUCAACGGUGACUCUGGCAACUCUUUGCAGCCGGGGAUUACAGAUGCCUCAAGUAACUUUAACUCUAACAUUGGCGAGGGCCAACUACGGUACUCCUCCUACACCCCACUGUACACAAUUUCACUAACUUCUCUGUGUCCUACUAAUCAUUGUUGUAUAGAUGAGAAUGAAAAUACAACAGUUCACAAGUCAAUCCCUGUGGUGUCCGAAAAUGUGCCAGAACAAGCCCCUGCACUACAAAGCUCUGCCACUUUGGGAGACGGAACAAUCACAGAAACUGUUGCCAAGACAAACGACCACACUGACACAGAGCUGGUGGCUAUAGACAAGGCUCAACUUGCUAUGUAUGACACUCUGACGGUUGCGUGUUUAUGCACUUUUGCAAACUAUUCUGAUGCGAAAAACUUAAUCUAUGUGGUUGAAAAUAUUCCGCCCACGGCCACAUGGGGCAUUCCAAGCCUAUUCACGACAAGUUCACACUUCUUUGCAAUCCCUCGAGCAACAUGCCCUGCACAUAUAUCCGUGGUUCCAUUUGGUGUCAACACAGCAAGUGCCGCACGUAAUGUAAUUGACAACUUGUCCUUUCCAAAUGGCGAUCCCAAUGAAGAAUGCUGGGGCGACAUUAGAGCAUCCCGUUGGCAAUCAGCCUACAAAGCUCAAGAGAAAACUCCAAAACCUUUCACAGAUGUGUAUGACGCCAGGAAGGUAUUCAAACCCAAAUCCAAAAUGGAUUACUACGGUGCCACAAACUUGCAAAUGGGUAACACUGUACUUAUGGAAGCGUACAUUAAAUGUUAUUGCCUAAAAAGUGACAUAGACAAGUUGACCCCCGUUAACAAAUGCCCUUGGAGGGAGAGAAAAGUGUACUUUGAGCUGAAGUGUGUAUCACUCAUUCAUACAACCUUACAGGAUGACGAGGUGGAGGCUAAGAAAGACAAGCAACAUAUCCAUAUCUGA